GAUGUAAAGCUGAUGUCACCUUCUGCACCUCGUCUUGAGUCUUCGCUGGUUUGUGCAGCAGAGAAGGAAAUGAGAAAGUUGGGGUUUUUUUAAAAAAAAAAAGCAAAGGACAAGAGCAAAAAAGAAAGUCGUUACAAGGAAGUUACACCUUACUGUUCACAGGAAGUAGAUGCUAUUUAUUUCCAUAGGAAACCUGUCAAGAGACAGAAAGAGAGAGAGCAACAGCAACAGAGGAGCACGAUGGUUGAAUUCGGAUGGAUUAAAAUUUCUUUUUUACUGCUGCAGAUAACUGCAGAACUGAAUGGACAACAUUCCUCCAUUGUCAGACAUGGAGGAGACGUCACUUUGUCUUGUGAAAAUGUGAAGAGAAAUAAGCAUAACUGUGACAGUACUUCCUGGAUUGUCACUGAUUCAAGAAAAUCAGCAGCAGUGGAGCUGGUUAGACUUGGGAAGAUUGGUGAACAUGCCAGAGAUAAAUCAGACAGACUGAGUGUUACAGAGAACUGUUCUCUGGUUAUAAAGAAGGUCACAGAUGAGGAUGCUGGUUGUUACACCUGCAGACAGUUUGACAAAUCAGGACAAAAACAAGGUCCAGACUCUGUGGUUCAUCUGUCUGUUGUUACCAUGACUGAACAGUGGAGCACUGACAAGGUGACACUGAACUGCUCUGUGUCCACGUAUGGAAGGUGUGGACACACAGUGAAGUGGCUGCUAAGUGGUAACUAUGUGGAUAAAGACAACAACCAAAUGAAGACAUCACAGUCUGACUGCUCGGCCAAUGUGAGCUUCACAACUUCUCGUUAUAUUUAUAAGUCUCAGAACUUUGAAUUGUUGGAAUGUGCAGUGAAGGAUGUUCACAGUGGAAAAGAGCAGCGGUUUCGCUUCAGCCCUCCGUCCUCAGGUGAGAAACCAGGUGAAGACAACCACACAACUGAAUCAGCAACGACAAGAACAACUGAAAAAAGUACGACAGUAACAACAAAGCAAACAGGAUCUCCAAACAACGACACGGAAAAAAAGCCACAAGAUUGGUGGUGGUACAUCAUUGUGGCUGUGGGUUUAGUCGCACUCAUGAUGAUAGUUGUUGCUCUUGUGAGAUCGAAGCGAACUAAAGCAAACACAACACAGAUGGACGACAACACUGGGCUGACUUCUCAAACUGCACAGACUCAGUCUGCUCCAGAAACCCGUCAGGACUUGGCUGAUCCUGAAGAUGGUGUUUUCUACACCUCCGUCAGUUACACCAGAACGAGCGACAGUGAAGCCCGGAUUUGCCAUAAAGACGAUGAAGGUGAUGUAGUGAUCUACAGCACUGUGAAAGCUUCCUCCGCCUCUACAGGAGCCUCCGCUGAUCCCAGCGACCUCUACGCAACCAUCAACAAACCAAACAAAUAAUUAACCAGUUAC